AUGCAAAUUGCAGCAGCAGUAUCAACAGCAGCAGCAGCAGCAAGCCAUGACUCGGAGAACUGCAUGCAGGCAGCAGCAGCAGCAGCAGCAGUAGCAGCAGCAAGUGGCAUCGGGGCUGUAGCAGCAGCAGCAGUUACAACAGCAGCUGCAGCAGCAACUGCAGUAGUUGUGGCAGCAGCAGCUGCUGCUACAGCAGCACCAAAAGCAAUAGUGCAGCAGCGGCAGCAGCAGCAGCAGCAGCAGCAAGAUCAGCAACGGGGUUGA